AUGAAGGACGAUGAUGCCUCAAAGAAAGUUGAAGAUAAAAAAGUUCCAGAGGUAGCUGACCCAUUCUUUGAAUUCAAGAAAGUGAUGGUACUCUUGGAAAAGGCAGCGAAGGAUAAGGACUAUAAGUUAGCCGCCUCAUUAACCAAAUAAUUUAAAAAGCUCAGAAAGCUCCUUAAUCUUUCAGAUACCGUUCUUAUUCUGAAACACUACAUUCCAGAUCUAUUCUAAAGACUUUAAUUACCUUGCCAACCAACUCCAAUCACAGAAUCAGCAGAGACUAAAUUGCAAUGCACUAACCAAAGAGCAUUAGAGAUCAUGUAGCAUGCUGAGACAUAAUUAUUCCUGUAUAAUUUGCUACUCAUGAAGCUAAUUGACGAUGGAGAUCUUAAUAAUGCUAAAUAAUUCGGUGAUUUCGUCUACCUCAGAUUGAAGAAUGUAAGCUUGAGAACUCUUGACCACUUGGCUGCUAAGUCCUUAUACCUUUACUCAGUCAUCUAUGAAAAACUCAAGAGUCUUCAUCAAAUCAGACCAGUUAUGUUUGAAGCAUACAAAACAGCAUGUCUUAGAUCUGACUAAAUCGGUCAAGCUACUAUUACUAAUAUCAUCCUAAGAUCAUACUUAUCUCAAAAUCUCUAUGAACAAGCUAGAAAUUUCAUUGUAAAAACUUCUUUCCCAGAAUCAGCUUCAAAUAACUAAAAUGCGAGAUAUCUCUACUAUCUAGGGAGAAUUAAGGCUGUUCAGCUUGAAUAUUCAGAGGCUCAAGCAAGACUUAUUUAAGCACUUAGAAAGGGUCCAGAAGUUGGUGCCAUUGGCUUUAGAACUCAAGUUUAAAAGCUUCAGAUUAUUACUGAGCUUCUAAUGGGAGAGAUCCCCAACAGAUAGAUCUUUUCUCACCCAGAUUUCAAAAAAUCACUUGCCCCAUACUAUCAGGUAGUCACCUCUGUCAAAUCAGGAGAUAUGGAGACUUUCAAGAAAAUUUUACAAUCACAUUAGGGUCUCUUCGAAAAGGACAAGAACUUCACCUUGAUCUAGAGACUCAGACACACUGUUAUCAAGUUUGGUUUGAAGAAGAUCAACAUCUCUUAUUCUAAGAUCUCCAUUAAGGACAUUGCUCAGAAACUUGGACUUGACAGUGUUGACGAGACUGAGCAAGUUGUGGCUAAGGCUAUUAGAGAUGGUGUUAUUGAUGCCAUUGUUGAUCAUGAUAACAUGUGGAUGAGAUCCUAAGACAUCAAUGAUGUGUACACCUCUAACGACCCUUAAAAUAUACUCAACAAGAGAAUCAAGUUUUGCAUGGACUUACACAAUGAUGCAGUCAAGGCUCUUGAGUUUCCACCAAAGGAAGAUAAGAGAGACUUCGGAGAUCUAGAUGAAGAGAGAAGUACCAAAGAAGAAGAUAUCCUUGCUAGUUUACUUGAGGAAAUGGGAAUGGAUGGAGAUAUGUGA